AAAAAACUACACGAAAGAGAACCCCCAUCGUCUCAACACACACACAAACAAAGAGAUGCGUUGCUGUGGAUUGGCACCAAUACCCACGCCCCUAUCCAUACCCGACCCGAAAACCCGCUUACAAUUAUCCUCCGCGUGCUUCUUCCCCGUCAAACUCGUAUCCUCGCCCCGGAGACCUCCUGGGUCGCUCAGGGCCAAGGCCAGGGCCACCAUCAACGAUGGGUUCGUGACGGAAGAGGCCGCCUCCGGGUUGAGCUUCUACGAGCUUCUGGGCAUACCCGAGUCCGGAUCCUUGGUGGAGAUCAAGCAGGCGUACAAGCAGCUCGCCCGGAAGUACCACCCGGACGUGUCGCCGCCCGGUCGGGUCGAUGAGUACACCAAGCGGUUUAUCCUGGUCCAGGAGGCCUACGAGAUCCUGUCGGAUCCCCGAAGGAGAGCUCUCUAUGAUCGAGACAUGGCCAAGGGUCUCCAGCUCGCGUUCUCGGCUCGAAGAUACUACGAGAGCGACGAGGGAAUGGAAGACAGGACCGAGUGGAAGAACCGUUGGGAAGCUCAGCUAUCAGAGCUAAAGAGAAAAAGCAUGAACAAGGAUGCAAGAGGAAAUUUGUCCUGGGGAGCUCGAAUGCGCAGUCGAAGGGAUGAAUUAGCCAACGAAUUAUAGAUAUAUAGGUUUCUUCUCUUCUGUUCUCUCUGUGUAUAUAUAUAUGUAAACCUUCCUUCUUACCUAAUGGAGCACUCGGUUGAUGCGUUUGUAGGGUUGAACUUUGACACUUCCCUUGUAUAAUUAACGGCCAUUCACUCCUUUUAGCUGCCUUUUUCUCUUGUAUA